AUGAAUCAGGAACCUCUAUCCCCGCCUUCAGAGCCCACACCUUCCCCCACAAUCAACCAAGUCCCAUUAGGCUCGCCUCAGCGCACUACCCCAAUACAUCCUCUACUUCCCGAAUUCCGCGUCCCCGGGGAGCCCUUACCGCCACACAGAUACCACCCGGUCACUUGUACUCAGAUCGAUGCAGAAGCUGAGGACAUCCGCGCCCAGAUUGAACAAUUACGGCAAGAAUACACAUCGCCGGAAGCAGCUCUGAAAGCACAGGAACAGGCUGCAAGAGAAGUAAAACAGAAGAUGGAGGACGCCGAGAGGAAGCGCGAAGAUGUCCAGAAAGCGAUGGACAAGAAAAUCAAGGAAAGAAACACCGAGAUGAAAGUUUUGUCAAAAUACCAAGAAGUGAAAGCAUCAGAUAUUCCAGCUUGA